AGAGUCUGAGGCAGCAGGACUUGAGGCAAGCCUUCCUUGACCUCCGACUAAGAAAGACACCCUGGAAUCCACAAUGGACAGCCUCCUGAUGAAGCAGAGGAAAUUCCUCUACCAUUUCAAGAAUGUCCGCUGGGCGAAGGGUCGCCAUGAGACCUACUUGUGCUACGUGGUGAAGCGGCGAGAUAGUGCCACCUCCUUCUCAUUGGACUUUGGUCACCUUCGAAACAAGAACGGCUGCCACGUGGAGCUGCUCUUCCUCCGCUACAUCUCCGACUGGGACCUGGACCCUGGCCGGUGCUACCGCGUCACCUGGUUCACCUCCUGGAGCCCCUGCUACGACUGUGCCCGGCACGUGGCCGACUUUCUGAGAGGGUACCCCAACCUCAGCCUGCGGAUCUUCACCGCGCGCCUCUACUUCUGCGAGGACCGCAAGGCUGAGCCCGAGGGGCUGCGGCGGCUGCACCGCGCCGGGGUCCAAAUCGCCAUCAUGACCUUCAAAGAUUAUUUCUAUUGCUGGAAUACUUUUGUGGAAAACCGUGAAAAAACUUUCAAAGCCUGGGAGGGGUUGCACGAAAAUUCAGUCCGCCUAUCCAGACAGCUUCGACGCAUUCUUUUGCCCCUGUAUGAGGUCGAUGACUUGCGAGAUGCAUUUCGUACCUUGGGACUUUGAUAUCAACCUCCAAGAAUGUCGCAUUAUAUGAACUCUGAAGACAAUGGGUGAAAGGACGAUCUUUCAAGAAGUCUGUUUUUCCUCAACUCUCACUUUCUUAGAGUUUAGAGAAAAAAUAUGCAUAUACAGGGCUUGUUUUAAAAAAAAAAACGUCUCGAAAGUACUAGACAAAGAGCACUAGACAGGCUCACCAGGGCAACGUUGCAACCGGUGCAGGUUUUAGUGCAGCAGCGCCCUCUACUGGGAAAUGACAGAAUUGCAGGGUCUGGGAGCGCCCUGUAGGUAUUCUGUUCAAUGACUUUUAGGCUGGGAGUAAACAAAAGGCAAAUCCCUAAGGUAAAUCCCUUCUCCCCAUGGUGAGAAUAUCAAAUAUUUUUAUAAUCAGUUUCCUUUAUUAUUCAUUCUGAGUUUUCAAGGAUAUUAGUGAUAGGUUUUUCUACUCUUUUUCUUUGGAGCUCACUUUCAAGUGAACAAACUUCCACUAGUCCAUCGUCUGUGUAGAACUACCUAAUGAAAGAAUCUGGGUGAUUGUAACCCCAAAACAUCUUCUCAGAGCAUUAAUAACUAAGCAUGUGCUGUGUGUUUUCAUUGUCUGAGGCAUGUUUUCCUGUUUGUACGUACGACCGUUUCUUUCCUGGGAUGGAGUAUGCAUGGCACCUUCAGGCUAUUAUUUUAUAAUAAAGGAUCUUAAAUGA